AUCAUCUUUCUCCUUCUCCACCAAAUCUCAAACCCUAGAUUCUCGAUUCUCCUCCUCCCAUGGCGAUAUCGUCUCCCGCCUAUUCUAGACUCAUCUCUCCCUACUCCUCUCCUUCCCCUUCCCUCUCUCCCGCCAUCUCUACUUCCGUUAAACUCAACCUCUCAUCCUCCUUCCUCCCUUCGUACUCACUCUCCACCACCCCCUCAGCUUCUCAAUCCCCCCGCCGCUCCUUCACCGUCCGCGCCGCGCGCGGGAAGUUCGAGAGAAAAAAGCCCCACGUCAACAUCGGAACAAUCGGCCACGUCGACCACGGCAAAACCACCCUAACCGCCGCCCUCACCAUGGCCCUCGCCUCCAUGGGGAACAGCGUCGCCAAAAAGUACGACGAGAUCGACGCCGCGCCGGAGGAGAGAGCCCGCGGGAUCACGAUCAACACCGCCACCGUCGAGUACGAGACGGAGAACCGCCACUACGCCCACGUUGACUGCCCCGGCCACGCAGAUUACGUCAAGAACAUGAUCACCGGAGCUGCGCAGAUGGACGGAGCCAUCCUCGUCGUCUCCGGCGCCGACGGACCUAUGCCGCAGACCAAGGAGCACAUCCUUCUCGCUAAACAAGUCGGCGUCCCCGACAUGGUCGUCUUCUUGAACAAAGAGGAUCAGGUCGAUGACGCCGAGCUGCUUGAGCUUGUGGAGCUUGAGGUUCGUGAGCUUUUGUCGUCUUACGAGUUUAACGGUGAUGAUAUCCCGAUUAUCUCCGGAUCCGCGUUGUUAGCUGUAGAGACGCUUACUGAGAAUCCUAACGUGAAGAGAGGAGAUAACAAGUGGGUGGAUAAGAUCUAUGAGCUGAUGGAUGCUGUUGAUAGCUAUAUUCCAAUUCCUCAGAGACAGACCGAGUUGCCUUUCUUGUUAGCUGUUGAAGAUGUGUUCUCCAUCACGGGGCGUGGGACUGUGGCUACAGGGAGGGUUGAGAGAGGGACUGUUAAGGUGGGAGAGACUGUGGAUUUGGUUGGGUUGAGAGAGACUAGAAACUAUACCGUCACUGGGGUGGAGAUGUUUCAGAAGAUUCUUGAUGAGGCUUUGGCUGGUGACAAUGUGGGACUGUUGCUUAGAGGGAUUCAAAAGGCUGAUAUUCAGAGGGGGAUGGUGUUGGCUAAGCCUGGGAGUAUUACUCCGCAUACUAAGUUUGAGGCGAUUGUGUAUGUGUUGAAGAAGGAAGAAGGUGGGAGGCAUUCUCCGUUUUUCGCGGGGUAUAGGCCUCAGUUUUACAUGAGGACGACUGAUGUGACGGGGAAAGUGACGAAGAUUAUGAAUGAUAAAGAUGAGGAGUCGAAGAUGGUUAUGCCUGGGGAUAGGGUGAAGAUUGUUGUGGAGCUCAUUGUGCCGGUUGCUUGUGAGCAAGGGAUGAGGUUUGCUAUUAGAGAAGGUGGGAAGACCGUUGGUGCUGGAGUUAUUCAGUCUAUCAUCGAGUGAUCGAUUAGAGAGUUUCAUAUAGUGAGCAAUCUUAUCUACUUGCGUUCUUUUUGUUUCACUCUUGAUUCGCAAAACUCUUUUCUUUUUGUGCCAUUUUCUGUAAGAACUUGAAAUCAAAAUGUCAUAUAUUUCUUGA